GAAAGACAGAGAUGAAUGCGACAGCCCCGGCAGCGAAAGGUUUUUCGGAUCUCGCGAAUCACCACGGGUCACACGGAAUUGUCGAGCGGCCGACAGUUCACCAACGAGACUUUGUAACAAAACUGUCGCAGAAUGAGACCGAAAUGAAAGAAGCCAUGUACUUGCUUGGCAAUGGCCAACCAUGUACUUACAACAUUUGCAAGGAGUGCGAUCUCUUUGUGCGGCCUGGGUGCUUUGUGGCCGAUUUCUGCCCGAUGAGCACGCGGGCAUUUGGAAUGUCGGCUUGCAACGUGCCUCAUGUGGUGUCGACAUCUUCAUUGUGCUAAGUGGCUUCGUCUCCCAAUGGAACGCGCCACAUGAGGUGCGUGAAGCCUGCAGUUUCUACUUGCGCCGGGCGGUCCGUCUGCUGCCGGCCUUUUGGCUUGCCAUGGCCUGGAGCUUGGUUCUGAAGCCUGAAGCCCCCUCGCCCCGAUGCGUGGUGCUACUCCAGUGGUCAAAGGAAGAAGCUAUGAACUGCCCAAAUGGGGCCACAGCAACUGUAGCAAUGUUGCUACCGUGUUGGCUCAUCUAUCCCUGGAUGUCCAGCCCUUUGUGCAAGCUGGGAGCCAAGCAAAGCUUUGUAGCGGCCGUGGUCUGUUGGUUCCUCGUGGCCGGUCUUGCGACGGCCGAUGACCGCCAUGCCUGGCUUCAAUUGGAUGGGCUGGUGUCCACUACAGUGGGCUUCGGCCUUGGAGUGGCUGCUGCACGGGUGGCGCAAGAGGCGUUUCCAGACGGCGCGGAGACAGAUCCAUUGGCGGCAAAGUCCAUCAGCUGGAUUUGGGGCGCCUUGGCCGAUUUGGUCGCGGCAACCGCUGCUGUGCUGGUGGCCUUUGUCCGAGAUUCCUCAAGGCAAAUCAAGACCGAGGCCAGGACUGACUCUGAGAGCUUUCCACUGCGGUGCAUCUCUUUGUUCGCCGCUCUAUACUUCCUCUUCUCCUCUGCAGGAAGACGUGGCCAGGGAGUCGUCCAGGCUGUCCUAAGCCACACUUCCCUUGCCAGCCUUGGAAAGUACACACUCUACGUGUAUCUCUUCCAGGAGCCUUUGUUUAGGUCGAUAGACCUGGUGGUUCCGCUUCAGCACUCGGCCGAAGGCUUCGUUGCAGCCUAAGGCUUCGAAGGCGUUGAGAUACUUCGAGCAGGAACACACUCUACUUCAGUGUUGCACUGCAAAGCGCUACUUGCGAUGGCACUCUUUUCGGAGAAAAUGAAGGCUAGUUAUUAUGAAAGCACUCUUUUCUCGACCAGUCACAGAUCCUUGCAUGCAAGGAUAGUUAGAAGGACUUUGGUCACUACAUUCUGUAAGCUGAGAGUUUUGUUUUUCAACUAUAUAAACUCAUUUGCUCAUGUUGCUAACGUUUUUCCAGGCGUUACUCAAUGCAAUGAUUCCCGUUGAGGUCUUCUUUGUCCUUCUCUUGUGGCUCAUCGCUGGGCUCUAUGCAGAGCAUGUAGAACUAUGGCUCUUGCAGCUGCUUGGACUGCGCUGACUUAGGAUGAAUGUACUGGGCUUUCUGUAGCACGCGAAGAGGAUGGUUUACAUGCACGAGAUUCCUGAGAGCAGAGAUGAGUUCUCAUGAGUGCGUUUCACUUGGAGUUGAUGUGUUCACCUCAAGUGG